AUGUCCAGGUCCAAUGUACUGACGGGGUGAAUGCUCUAUGAUUUACAGGGUCGUCCCUCGUCAGAGUACGCAAGGGUGAUGUCCAGGUCCAAUGUACUGACGGGGCGAAUGCUCUAUGAUUUACAGGGUCGUCCCUCGUCAGAGUACGCAAGGGUGAUGUCCAGGUCUAAUGUACUGACGGGGUGAAUGCUCUAUGAUUUACAGGGUCGUCCCUCGUCAGAGUACCCAAGGGUGAUGUCCAGGUCCAAUGUACUGACGGGGUGAUUGCUCUAUGAUUUACAGGGUCGUCUCUUGUUAGAGUACGCAAGGGUGAUGUCCAAUUCCAAUUUACUGACGGGGUGAAUGCUCUAUGAUUUACAGGGUCGUCCCUCGUCAGAGUGCCCAAGGGUGAUGUCCAGGUCCAAUGUACUGUCGGGGUGAUUGCUCUAUGAUUUACAGGGUCGUCUCUUGUUAGAGUACGCAAGGGUGAUGUCCAAUUCCAAUGUACUGACGGGGUGAAUGCUCUAUGAUUUACAGGGUCGUCCCUCGUCAGAGUACCCAAGGGUGAUGUCCAGGUCCAAUGUACCGACGGGGUGAAUACUCUAUGCUCUUUGAAUUGCAAAAAUUCAUCUUUUUUUCAAAAUAGUGAUAAAAUCUUCGUCUCUUUUUGGAAAUUUUCUUCAAAGAGGAGUCACAUCCUUACGACAAUCGUAUAGGGGCAACCAUGUUCAGUGAAAUUCUAAAAGUGUAAAGAAAACGUUAUAGUUUUAUCUUCAACUUUAAAAUUCCGUUGGCUAAAAAAGAAAAUUAGACGAGAUAAUACUGCCUGGAACUGCAGUAGUCAUUUACAAUCAAUGGUUGAAAGCAGUCCUCUGCUGAAUUUACAUAGACUGUCGGCGGCCAAUCAACAAGCAAAUGUUGUUCUGCUUUUUACAAAUAUGGCAUUAAUUGUUUCAAAGUCCCGGGUGCUUCCAGCUUUUGAAUUGAAUCGCGCUACUUAAGCAUGCUCGAGCCGGGAAUCACAGCAAAGCUACUAUCCCAGCUGAAGAAGGAUGUGGCUAAAGACGCUGUUCCAGGCGAUCGCACUCUUUAAUUUUGUUGCAACAAAUGGAUCGAUCAAAAGAUCUGCUUUGCAAAGCGUGCUGUUCAACUUGAACAUGGAAAACACCAGACUCAACAUUGGUCCGAUUUCUAAAAAUAAAUCUCCUACUUUGUUGUAUUGUACACAAUGUUGCCUUGUAAUCGAAAGCUGUAAAAGCAUCAACUACAAAGCUUCUACUAUGGAAUGUGAAAUUUUGUCUGCAAAUGUUUGGGAAAGAAAAACAGAUUUGCUUCGAGAUGAAACUGGCUGGGAUCAUUACGGACUUCUGCAAACGUUGGAGAGAUGUGAGGCAUACGAUAAAGAGCAGCUGUGCGAUGCUGAACAAGUUUGUGAAGAAGAUUACAAAUCACCUGCUGGAUACAAAUGCAAAAACUUAGAAAACAUUGCACUUGGAAGAAAUGCAAGCCAAUCAUCUACUUGGUUAGAGGGGAUCGCAAGCAAAGCUGUGGAUGGAAAUGACACUAGAAACUACAAUGCAGGUUCCUGUAGCCAUACAUCUAACACUGUCCCACUUUGGUGGAGGGUUGAUUUCGGGAAAACUGCUGUUGUCCAUUCAGUAAAAGUCACAAACAGAGGUGAUUGCUGCGGUGAUCGUCUCUCAGACUUCAACAUUGUAGUUGGCAACAGUAUUGAAGACAAUGGCGGCAGCAAUAUAGCGUGUGCAGUUAAUCAAAGUGUACCACUAGGUGGCACAAAGCUGUUUCCGUGCCGUCCUAGGCUUCAUGGCAGAUACUUGUAUAUACAACAAAACAAAGCGGAGUACUUAACACUAUGUGAAGUGAGGGUAUUUGGCAAAUUUAUCUAAAUGUCGAAUGAUGCUAGUCUUCGAUAUGAAUUGACUGGACAUUAUAAACGCACGAAUGAUAAACAUACAAUCAAGGUCCGACGUUGAGAGCAGCUCCUUAUACACUUAUCAAUCCUGUGAUAUGGGUUUGAUUAGCACAGUAGCUGUUGUUAAUUUGCUGAGUUUUUUAAAAUCUUAUAAUUAAUAAGAUCCAAGCAUGCUACUUCAUGCUUAUUUCAACUUUGAAAGGAACUGGCAUUUUUUUGUUAUUUCGUUUUACCAACAAAUAGUAAAAUCAAUAGCAAAAUCAAGCUUUAAAUUCAAAAGGAAUUUUGGUUUAUCAAAAGUAAAAAUACUUGUUACUUAGAGCAUGUUUUUUAUCAAAAUAUUUUUGUCUAGUUAGUGGAAACUCACGUGUGCCUUAGAAAAAUCGUUUAAACCUUUUGAUUCUAACUUGAAAUAUCUUGUGAAGAGGUAAAGAGGUAUGGUUUGUUCUCAUGUGAAAGCUUGUACUGGUGAUUCAAUGUACUCAGGUAAAAUUAAAUGGCCUGCAAGUCAGGUAUAUUUAAAAAUUAAUUAGCUGAAAUAGAAGUUGUUAUUCUGUGCAUAGAAUAAGUAGAAAUGUAUUUUGCGGUAUGUAGUGGUAUGAAGUGGACAAAGAUGAUUCAAUAACUAUCUAUAUUCGUUAUCCUUUAUAUGUGUGCAAACAACUUGCCCUAAUCAGUUCAGAAUAAUCAAUUUUGAAUUUCAUAGGAAAAGCCUAACCCUUCAUUAAGUACGCCUAACCCUUCAUUAAGUACGCCUAACCCUUCAGUAAGUACGCCUAACCCUUCAUUAAAUACGCCUAACCCUUCAUUAAAUACGCCUAACCCUUCAUUAAGUACGCCUAACCCUUCAUUAAGUACGCCUAACCCUUCAUUAAGUAAGCCUAACCCUUCAUUAAGUACGCCUAACCCUUCAUUAAGUAAGC